AUGCCUCUGCACUCAGAAAUUGCUUCUGGAAAUCUUGAGGCUGGUACAGAUGUAGGGAAUAGAACUGGGUCCAUCCAGAGUCAACAGUUUGAAAAGAGUCCAGAAAACCAGAGUACAGAGGCUGCUACCUUCACUCUCUUAGGCUUCUCAGAGUUUCCAGAACUGGAGGUGCCCCUUUUCCUGCUGUUCUUUACCACCUACGUCAUCACUGUGUUGGGAAACCUUGGCAUGAUCCUUAUAAUCAAAAUCAAUCCCAAACUCCAUACUCCAAUGUACUACUUUCUCAGCCAUUUAUCCUUUGUUGAUUUCUGCUACGCUACAGUCGUUACACCAAAAUUACUAGAAAACUUGAUUGUGGAAAACAGAACCAUCACCUUCGCUGGAUGCAUUGCUCAGUUCUUCUUUUUCUGUAUGUUUGUGGUGACGGAAGUGUACUUGCUGGCUGUGAUGGCCUAUGAUCGCUUUGUGGCUGUUUGUAACCCUCUGCUCUACAUCACUAUAAUGUCUCAGAAGCUUUGUGCUACAUUGGUGGGUGUGUCAUACUCUUGGGCUAUUGUUUUCUCUCUGAUUCUUACCUAUUUUCUGAAGAAAUUAUCGUACAAAGGAAAAAAUGUCAUAAACAACUUUCUCUGUGAAUAUGCUGCCAUUGUCUCUGUCUCGGACUCUGACCUCUCAUUUACACAGGAGGUCACUUUAGUGCUUACUAUGUUCAAUGAAUUAGGCACCUUGAUCGUUAUUCUUACUUCCUAUGCCUUAAUUUUCAUCACAGUUAUGAGGAUGCCUUCUAAAGGGGGCAGGCAGAAAGCCUUCUCCACCUGUGCUUCUCAUUUAACUGCCAUUACUAUAUUCCACGGGACCAUCCUUUUUCUCUACUGUGUUCCUAACUCCAAAAAUUCAUGGCUCAUGCUUAAGGUGGGCUCAGUCUUUUACACAGUGGUCAUCCCUAUGCUGAAUCCACUGAUCUACAGCCUUAGAAACAAAGAUGUGAAAGAAACGGUCAAAAAGUUAGCGCUUACUAAAUUAUUCGCUGAUACAACAUAA